AUGACCAAAACUAAAUAUUCAACUAAGAAAAAAAUUGUCAGGUUGAUGCGAAUCAAACAAGAACAAGAUGAAUUGAUGACAAAAUAUACGAAUAGGUUUGAAACUUGUACAGAGCUUUUGAAAAAUAAUUUAAACUUUCUGGCCAAUUUUGAUGAAACCAAGAAUUUGACGAUAAAGAUUGAAGCAUAUAGCAAAGAUAAUGAGUAUGAUACUAAAAGAGUAGCUAAAACAUUGGUUAAAAAAUCAAAAGGGGUUAAUAAUUUUGAUAUUGAUAGUUUGACAACUGCGAUGAAAA